AUGUUUGGCAACUACGAUCACAGAAUACACGACGCCGGCUCUUACCGUCAGCGCCGAAGUGAUAUCGGUCAGCCACCAAUGGUUCCACCACCUAUGCCAGGUGGUGCUAUUCCCAGGUUUGGCCGUGGUGGCCCAACUCCAUAUGGGGCUCCUCCUAUGCCGCCGCCCGUGCCAGGAGGCCCGAGAUUUGAAGGCAGUUUUAAUGGGUAUCACGGGGUCGAAAGAGGUGGUCGUGGUGGGGGUUUAGCUGGUCGAGGACGCGGGUUUGGCGGUGAAAGAGGGCGUGGAGGUGGGAGAGUAGGCAGUGCCGGUGGGAGUUAUGGCGGUAGGCGUGGUGGAAGAGGUGGUGGAUCUAGGGCCGAUGACUUGGAUAGUAUUGCACUCCCAAAGCCAGAUUUUCGAGGCUUGAUUGAGUUUAGGAAGAAUUUUUACGUGGAGAACCCAUCGGUAAGGGCCAUGAGCGAGCACGAGGUUAUGAUGUAUCGUGCACGGCGGGAGAUUACUGUUGAGGGCCAUGAUGUCCCUAAGCCGGUUCGGAUGUUUCAUGAAGCGAAUUUUCCGGGUUACUGCCUUGAGGUCAUUUCUAGAUUGGGUUUCGUUGAGCCCACACCUAUCCAAUCACAAGGAUGGCCGAUGGCUUUAAGUGGGCGAGAUCUAAUAGGCAUCGCUGAGACUGGGUCGGGAAAGACACUGUCGUAUUUGCUGCCUGCUUUUGUUCACAUUAGCGCACAGCCCAGGCUGGUCCAAGGUGAAGGUCCAAUUGUAUUAGUGAUUGCUCCUACUAGAGAGUUAGCUGUUCAGAUUCAAGAGGAGGCUGUAAAGUUUGGUUCAUAUGCGAACAUAAGGAGUACUUGCAUAUAUGGUGGUGCCCCAAAAGGACCACAAAUUCGUGAUCUUAAACAAGGAGUUGAAAUUGUGAUUGCUACACCUGGUAGACUGAUCGACAUGUUGGAAGCUCAACAUACUAACUUGAAAAGAGUGACAUACCUUGUGUUAGAUGAAGCUGAUCGUAUGCUAGAUAUGGGAUUUGAACCUCAAAUCAGGAAAAUAAUUUCUCAGAUUCGUCCAGAUAGGCAAACCCUGUACUGGAGUGCAACAUGGCCACGGGAGGUGGAAAAAUUAGCACGACAGUUUCUUCGCAACCCAUACAAGGUUAUCAUUGGGUCUCCAGAACUGAAAGCAAACCAGUCCAUACAUCAAGUCGUUGAAGUCAUGACUGAUCUGGAGAAAUACAGAAGGUUGAUUAGAUUGCUGACGGACAUGAUGAAUGGUAGUAAAAUUCUUAUCUUUGUGGAGACAAAGAAAGGAUGCGACCAAGUUACGAGACAGCUGAGGAUGGAUGGGUGGCCGGCUUUGGCCAUACAUGGUGAUAAAAGCCAGGACGAAAGGGAUUGGGUCCUGGCAGAAUUUAAAAAUGGCAGAAGUCCUAUAAUGAUUGCCACUGAUGUAGCUGCUCGUGGCCUUGACGUGAAGGACAUAAAAUGUGUUGUGAACUACGAUUUUCCGUCCAGCCUCGAGGAUUAUGUUCACAGGAUAGGCCGUACAGGCCGUGCAGGGGCUGUAGGAACUGCUUUCACGUUUUUCACCCAUGCGAAUGUGAAGUAUGCACGGGAACUUGUUAAGAUCCUGCAACAAGCAGGGCAAGUUGUGCCUCCUCAACUUGCUGCCUUGUCCAGGUCGAGUGGCUUCAAUACAAAGGCAUCUGGAGGCAACUUUCUUUCAAGAGGACGAGGAGGUGGUUUUGGCAAUCGAGGUUUUGUUUCUGGGUCUAAUUCUACUCCUGUUGGUAGCAGAAGGCCUUACUAG